AUGUCUAUAGUCCAAUCAGCGGGUCGAGGUGUCACCCAAGUCGUCGAGCGAUGUGAGGCGGCGAAGGAAUCUGGAUUUUUGGAUCUGUCAUCAUGUCAACUCAUGUAUAUGGCUGACGCCGUGUACAUGCUUAUCAAGGGAUGUGAGAUUACUAGGAUCAGUAUCCAAGACAACACCAUGAAAAAGUUCCCGAAAAAGUUUGUGAUUAAAUUCCCGACGGCUACUAUUCUCAACAUGGCUAACAAUGAGAUCACCGAGAUUCCAUCGGAAGUUUCCACGUGGACAAGCUUGAAGGGCUUGAAUGCUGCGAAGAACUCUAUAAAGGUGUUCCCGGAGGCGGUGCUGGAACUAAAGAAUUUGAUCUACUUGGAUUUGAAUGGCAAUAAUAUUGAGGAAAUUGACGUCGACCGUCUAUACACCUCACUUCCCGGUCUCAUCAAGCUAAACCUCUCUGCAAAUGAAAAUUUGAAGGAUGAAGUAAAGGAAAAAUUGAAAAGCUUGAAGCCGGAGAAAUUGGAUCUGAUUCUUUGA